GCGGCCCCGGCGCUCCUCAGCUCCGGUCGCCAGCCCCGCCGCCUCCCCAGAGGAAAGGUGUUUGCGCGCUGAGCAGGGCCCGGGCCCUGUCCGCCAUGGGGCCAGCCGCCCGCCGCGCCUGACCCGGCCGCCGCCGCCGCCGCCGCCAUUGACAGCGCGCCGCCGCGAUGCCGAGCGGCAGCUCCGCGGCCCUGGCCCUGGCGGCGGCCCCGGUCCCCCUGCCGCAGCCGCCGCCGCCGCCGCCGCCCGUGGGCGGCCCGGAGCUCGAGGGGGACGGGCUCCUGCUGAGGGAGCGCCUGGCCGCGCUAGGCCUCGACGACCCCAGCCCGGCGGAGCCCGGCACCCCGGCGGCCAGGGCCGCGGCGGUGGCAGCGCAGGGCCAGGCCCGGCGGGCGGCAGGGCUGUCUCCGGAGGAGCGGGCUCCGCCCGGCGGGCCCGGGGCCCCGGAGGCGACCGAGCUGGAGCUGGAAGAAGACGAGGAGGAGGGGGAGGAAGCGGAGCUGGACGGGGAUCUGCUGGAGGAGGAAGAGCUGGAGGAGGCAGAGGAGGAGGACCGGCCGUCGCUGCUGCUGCUGUCGCCGCCCGCGGCCGCCGCCUCCCAGACCCAGCCGAUCCCGGGCGGGCCCCUGGGGUCUGUGCUGCUGCCCCCCGCCGGCUUCGAUGCCCGGGAAGCGGCCGCGGCGGCGGGGGUGCUCUACGGAGGGGACGAUGCCCAGGGCAUGAUGGCGGCGAUGCUGUCCCACGCCUACAGCCCUGGCGGCUGCGGGGCGGCGGCGGCCGCCCUGAACGGGGAGCAGGCGGCCCUGCUCCGGAGGAAGAGCGUCAACACCACCGAGUGCGUCCCUGUGCCCAGCUCCGAGCAUGUCGCCGAGAUUGUCGGUCGCCAGGGUUGUAAAAUUAAAGCACUGAGAGCCAAGACAAACACAUAUAUCAAGACACCUGUUCGUGGGGAAGAGCCUAUUUUUGUUGUCACUGGACGGAAAGAAGAUGUUGCCAUGGCCAAAAGAGAAAUCCUUUCAGCCGCAGAGCACUUCUCCAUGAUUCGUGCAUCUCGAAACAAAAAUGGCCCUGCCCUGGGAGGGCUGUCAUGUAGUCCUAAUCUGCCUGGUCAAACCACCGUUCAAGUCAGGGUCCCCUAUCGUGUGGUAGGAUUAGUAGUUGGACCAAAAGGAGCAACCAUUAAAAGAAUUCAGCAGCAGACCCACACAUACAUAGUAACUCCAAGCAGAGAUAAAGAACCUGUCUUUGAAGUGACAGGGAUGCCCGAAAAUGUUGACCGAGCACGGGAAGAGAUAGAAAUGCAUAUUGCCAUGCGUACAGGGAAUUAUAUUGAGCUCAAUGAAGAGAAUGAUUUCCAUUACAACGGUACCGAUGUAAGCUUUGAAGGUGGCACUCUUGGCUCUGCAUGGCUCUCCUCCAAUCCAGUUCCACCUAGCCGCGCAAGAAUGAUAUCCAAUUAUCGAAAUGAUAGUUCCAGUUCUCUGGGAAGUGGUUCCACAGAUUCCUACUUUGGAAGCAAUAGGCUGGCUGACUUUAGUCCAACAAGCCCAUUUAGCACAGGAAACUUUUGGUUUGGAGAUACACUACCAUCUGUAGGCUCCGAAGAUCUUGCAGUUGAUUCUCCUGCCUUUGACUCUCUACCAACAUCCGCUCAAACUAUCUGGACUCCGUUUGAACCAGUUAACCCACUCUCUGGCUUUGGGAGUGAUCCUUCUGGUAAUAUGAAGACCCAGCGUAGAGGAAGUCAGCCAUCUACUCCUCGUCUGUCUCCUACAUUUCCUGAGAGCAUUGAACACCCACUUGCUCGGAGUGUUAGGAGCGACCCACCUAGUACAGGCAACCAUGUUGGCCUUCCAAUAUACAUCCCUGCUUUUUCUAAUGGUACCAACAGUUACUCCUCUUCCAAUGGUGGUUCCACCUCUAGCUCACCUCCAGAAUCAAGACGAAAGCACGACUGUGUGAUCUGCUUUGAGAAUGAAGUUAUCGCUGCCCUAGUUCCAUGUGGCCACAACCUCUUCUGCAUGGAAUGUGCCAACAAGAUCUGUGAAAAGAGAACGCCAUCAUGUCCAGUUUGCCAGACAGCUGUUACUCAGGCAAUCCAAAUUCACUCUUAACUAUAUAUAUAUAUAUAUAUAUAUAUAUAUAUAUACAGAAAUCCUAUAUCUCUAUAUGGACUCAUAAAGGCAUGGGUAUAAUGGUACCCCAGUAAGCUUCCUAAUGAAUUCUUAUGACUGUUAUCAGGCUUUAUUGGGAUUAGACUAAAGUUGUUAGUAAACUUAUAAAAGGCUGCUAUGGUAACACUAAACCUAAGUGGUCUCUUGUCUAUUAGUUUGGUUUGAAUUAUUAAUACUAUUCUGUAGACCCAGAGACAUAGCUUGUGUAAGAAUUGCUAAAGCUGAAGUUCAACUUGGCUGAGCGAAGAUACUUAUAGGUUGUGUGAGCCUAUGAGAAAUUUGUAUAUGUCUAGGAUUUCAAAACAAUGGGUCCCAAAGCCUAACCA